GUCUGUUUUCAAGGCAGGCUUCUCAACUGAGACUGCCCUCCUUGCUGUCACUGAGCAACUUCAAACUGCUAGAGCAGCCUCUCUCUCCUCUGUAGUCACCCUUCUACACCUUUCCGCUGCAUUUGACACGGUGAACCACCAGAUCCUUAUUUCCUCCCUUUACGAUCUGGGUGUCUCAGGCUCUGCACUCUCCUACUCUCUCAUCCAACCUCAAAGACCACACUUACUGGGUAACUUGGAGAGGAUCUCUCACUACUGGGGUUCCUCAAGGUUCCGUCCUGGGUCCCUUCCUUUUCUUUCUGAACACCAACUCACAGCUCCGUUAUUUACUCACAUGGCUUUUCCUACUGAAGCUAUGUAGAUGGCACUUAACUAAUUCUCUUUUUUCCCCAGUGAAACCUUGAUGAGUGACGGAUGAAGAUAGGAAGAGAGUUGAUUAAAGAUAGCCUGCUUGAGUGCUUUGGAAAGAAAGGAAAGAAGAGAGACAGGUCUGUAGUUUACAUCUACUGGAUCUGCUUCAUCCUACACUGAUCAAAGCUAUCAGAUAAAACCCUAUGGAUAAAACACAAAGAUCAAAGACACAGGCACUAAUAAUGUAAGAGCAGUUCAAAGAAUAAACGCAAUAAAGACUAAAAAGACAUAAAUCAUUGCAGUACCUCCAGGAGCACUGCGCCAACACAUAUCGGCUGUUACAACAAUUAGGGAAAACACGAUGGCUGCUGAGGAAGGCCAAAGGUUCGGUGAUUUAUUGGCCACAGGGAAUCAGCUGUACCGUAAAGGAGAGGUUGAAAAGGCUGCAGAGACCUUCACAGCGGCGCUGUUUCUAAAGCCUAAUGAGAAGAACGGCCUUGUUUGUCGGUCCAGAUGUUACCUGCUCAUGGGGCAAUUUGAAAAUGCUCUAAGAGAUGCAGAAGCUUCUCUCAAAGGCGACAAGACAUUUUGCGAGGGACUGUACCAGAAGGCAGAGGCUUUGUACCACAUGGGAGAACUUGAAUUUGCGCUGGUGUUUUACCACCGAGGACAAAAGCUGCGUCCACAGAUGCAGGAGUUCAGAAUGGGUAUCCAAAAAGCACAUGACGACAUAGUUAACUCUAUUAACACUGGGAAAGGAAGAUGCCCCUGCUCCGCGGUGGUGUAGAGAAGACCUGGUUAUUUCACGAGAUUGAGUUCGGUCUCCAGAAAGAAUCCAGAGACUACGGUGUCCGUUCUCAUUCAACUUUCCAGGCUCUUGAUGAAGCAAAACAACAACUAUCACAAUGAGGAUGUAACCAGUUACCACUGAGUGGAAGAAAAAAGUCAGAAGAGGAGUGUUUUCGCGUACACAUACAUCAGUUUGCACUCUUAAUUAUUGUCUGCUAUAUAUGAGUGCACCUUUUGUUUGCUUCUAAUUUCAUUGUAAUCUAAUACAUCUAUCUAUCCA